CCGGUCAAAAACUGAUAAAGGAUUAAGCCGGUUUUGAGAUAUCUUUAUUGUAUUUGUGCAACUCACUAGUGAUAACGGUAUUUUAAAUGCUUUUUAAACUGUUCAAGGAACAAACAAUCACUACGCUACAUUAUGGAGGAGUGGGAAGUAAUUGUGGACAGAUAUCAAGAUGUUCAACGUAAAAGUUUCCUUGAGGCAUGUGAAUGUGCUUAUCGUGUACUCAAAGAUGACUUAACAUCGUCAGAAAUUGCAUGGUUCGUAGAUACACUGUUACUGGAGCCGGUUAAUUUAUUGACAACUAUAGCUAACAAAUGGAAGGAUCCCGUUUGGUUUGAUCCUAUCGGGAAAGCAUUUAAAUUACUCUCCAAUGUUAUUGAGAAGUUCAAAGAAGAAUGUUCACAACAUUUUGAUAAUAUUAUCAGGAUAUGCGAGAUACCAUUCGAGUCUCGACAACGAGCGUUAGCUCUACAAUGUCUAACUUCUUUGGUGCCGUAUUGUGAAGAAGUUGCAAACAAUUAUAACAAACAUCUCGUCAGUCUUAGUAAUGAGAAAACAUGCAAAGCUCCACUCGCUGAAUUGAUAGGUGCAAUUUGUUGCCAUUAUCCAGAUAUAGUAAAAUCAAAUGUGGCCAAAAUAUGGAGGGUUUAUCUGAAUUUACUGGAUUCUAAACAUUCGGAUACGGUGAUGAGGUCGUUACUCCUGGGUGUGUCAGGAGUGCUGAAGUCCUUCGGGAAUGAACUGGACACUAAAGAGUUUCCGGUCUUUUACAAGCAUUUAGUAGACUCUGGGAGUAUAUCUAAAUGUAGAGAUGUGUAUCUCAAAAUAUUAGCAAAGCACGCAGACUUAUUCCGGGAGCUUUUAGCGAACGACCCCAGAAUAAGGAUGUCAUUAUGGCAAUCUUACCCGGAUUCUGACACUCAUGGUGUCAACCGACAAGCCAUACUUUCAGUGUACAAUGCCAUUGAACAGGUUUUCAAGGAAAAUCGCUCUAAAUUUAAUGCAAUAGUAAAUACAGAAACAUUUAAAUUUAAACAUUCAAGUAACUGUGAAUUGAAGUAUACUGUAUUACGCGUAUUACACGCGGUGAAUACGCGUGCAGCACGCGUGUAUUGCGACAUGCACGCGAUACACGCACUCAGACACGACAGACUUACUUACGAACAUUGUGAAAUGAUACAAUGGUGUUUGGAGUAUAAUCUAGAAAAAGAUAUGAAAUUACUGAAAAGUGUUUCAGUAUUUUAUAAAAAUAUACCAGAUAAGUAUCAGAGAGAAAUUGCAGUAAAUUGUAUACUAAGAGCACCAUCUAGUGAUAGAAAGAUCGCGAUAAUUUUCCUUGCAAAUGAAACAUGCAAGUGUUACAAAGAGAAUGGUAAUAUUGACAAAUAUCUUCCUUUAUGGAUGUUAUUUUUUGAAAAUUCAGAUGAACCAAAAUCCAAAGUUUUCCUUGAUUUUAUGGAAUAUUUACACGAAUCUUUGUUACAAUACGAAUUAAAUGAGAAUUUAGAGGAACUACCAGACAGGUUAACGUAUCUGAUUAUUAUCAGUUCGUAUAUAAUACCUUUAGGGGGUGAUGUGAGGGGUGAGGGGGUGAGUGACGUCAGUCGGGGGGUGCAGCGGCUGCUCGCUGGGAUGGAGGGUUUAGGGGGUGCAGUGUUGCGGGUAGCUAGAUUACUGCGGUAUGGGAGUGACGAUUUGUACGCGGAUAUGGUGAAGGAUGUUUCUCUAGAGGAUUGUACCGAUGACUUAAUGUUGAAUGAGAGUUGUUUAGCGUUGGUUCUCACUGCGUCAAGAGUUACUGUAACAAGAGUUCUACAAGCACUACAGAUUAUUUUUUCUCGUUCUGUUCAUUUUGAAGCGAAAAUUUUGUCUCGUUGUCUCAAGGCUUUAGAUAAUCUUAUAUCUACUAGGAAUGAAGAAUUAAAUCUAAACAUUUUAAAUAACAUAAUAAGAUUAUUGCAGAAAAUGCAACAUAAUGAAUACAAAGGGAAAGAUGGACGAUAUUUGCGAAAGGAAUUAUUUAUGUUUAUAGGGAAACAUGGACAAAAUACUCAUAUGAAUGAAAAUGUACAAGAAACAAUACAUUUAGAGAAAUAUAUGAAUUUAUCUGUUCCUGUUGUUAACGAGGGAAUUAUUAUAAAGCUAAAUCUACAAGAAAUUCACAAUUUAGCGUUGAAAUAUGGGGAUUCCAAGAUGUUACAAGUUUUGUUAGACUUACUUUACGCAAACUUAUUGGAACGUGUACCAAAUGAGAAAGUACUUACAGUACUUAGUAAAAGUGCGUGUUCGUUGUUACAAACUGCACAAGUACAUACGCAAAUAUUAUCUCUAUGUGGGAAUAUAGCACUGCCUAUAAUACUAUGGUUUCACUUUACGGAGACCGUAAGCAAUGGAGAUCGAAGCGCGGCUUCCACUGCGCUUAAACAUAUCGGUCAUUAUGAAAAACUAGCAAGUGCAGUGUUAAACGACACUACAUUAUACUCUGUGAAUAAACAAGCAUUUUUAGAUAUAGCGGAAAUGUUAGUAAAUAUAAUGAAAGAAGAUAAUGUGUUAGCACAGAAAUAUCUUCCAGAAAUAAUAUUACGGACAGCGGAAACAAAUUUAACUAAAGCAAAUAUAAUAUUCAAAAAUGCAACAGAUUUGUUUAUAGAUAAAAUAGAAUUAUUCAGAAAUGUAAUAAUUGGUAUUGUAAUGAAACUUCUAAACGUAAUACAAGAUGGCGGCCGUUUUAACAAAAUGGCGGAUGUGCUUAUUUUAAAGAAUAAAAUAAAAUUGACAUUAGAUUUUAUAAAACAAAUAUAUGGGGAAGAAAUUAAUUGGUGUGAAGUUUUUGAAGUAAUUGAGAAACAAAAUGGCGAUGUUUCCCGCCUUUUUGUAAUUCUAUCGAUUGCUAAAGAAAUGUUUGAUUUCGAUGAAAGUUUUUCUAAUAAAUUAUUAAAAGAGAAUUUUGUUGGAUUUAAUAUUGAAGAAAAUUGUAAUUGUCUUUAUUUGGAUGGUAUUUUGAAUUUUUGUAUUCAAUAUGCUGAUAUUUUGGUGAAAUUACAUCUAGAGGAUACAGUGAGAAUAAUUUCAACUAUCUUAUUAAAAUUAAAACCCAAAGAAAUAAUUGACCACAGACAACAUUUAUUAACAUGCUUGAAAAGAUAUGAAAACCUAUUGAAAUGUUUACCAAAAGAAUUUAUAAUGAAUUUCAAAUUAUGGUGUAAAGAGUUUGAAAUAGACAAAAUAGCAAUUGACAUAAAAAACGAUUUCUUCGAAGAUAUAAAUCUAAUAAAAUCAUUGAAAAUAUUACUAAACAUUUUCGAUAAAAACGUUGAAAAUGAUUUGAUAAAAGAAAUAAAAAUAUGGUUGCCUUUAAUCGUAGAAAAACAUCAAAACGGUAUAAAAAAGCGUUUUAUUCCAUAUUUCACUGAUUUACUGCACAUAAUAUUCAAGUUUCUGCCUACACCAGAUAUUGAAAGAGUGGUGAUACUGGAAGGGUUUAGUGUAGACUUCAUGCCGGUGGUAUUUCAUCAUCUGGUGAUGAAUUUUGAUCUGGUGAAGAUUCUUCAUCAGAGAGAUGUGAUGAAGGUUUUAGUAAAAUAUUCGAAGAUCGAAAACUAUGAUGUACUGGAUUUAGUCGAUCAGUUGUGGCCGGAAUUCGAGAAAGUAUCCACUUUCGAACAACAAUAUUCUUUACUUCUAGAAGUUUCUUUCUUACCUAAUAAAUUGUUACCGGAAUCGAAACCGAUGCAAUGGUUAAUAAAUACAAUGAAAUCAGAAACAUCGACAUGCGAAAUGAAAACCAAACUUAUUGGUUUACUACCGCCUGGAGAAGCUUAUAAGUCUACUUGGAGCUGGUAUGUCGGUCUACUGCCCGCACGUCUCUCUGAAGCUCAAGGUGAGAGUGGUCUACUGCUGGGAGCUUUAUUGGAAGCUCUGAUAGCUGCUGAUUCCAGUCUACUGAAGACUAUCAGCCAGUUGAUAGCGGGCGAAACGGCUUCAGGUUGGUGGGAUGAUGCCAUAGAUGCGAGCAUGGUGUCAUUGUCUAAAAGGAACGACAUGUCCGUGUAUGGCACUCUUUAUGCUUACUGUUGGGAGGGACUUAGUCUUGAAGUCUGUUUUAGACUAAUGGUUCCAUUGCUGAGAAAUUCAACAGCAGCAGUUUGCGAGGAAUUUUUCUCUUUAAAGCUAAAAGAUCUUCUUUUAGUACUAAAAAAGACUUUAUCCGUAUAUAAUAGCUCUUUUACAUGUCAAAUAGUGGUUUACAAUUACAUACGAGCUCUUGUCUUACUCAGAGUUUGUAUUGAAAUGGUCCCUCGUUCGCAUAUAGAAUCACCCAAAUCGUUACUUUACAGUCAAAUGACAGAUGAAGUAGGAACAGAGGUGUUUUAUUUGACGAAAACUCUGUCAAUGUUAUGCGUAGACCUUGUACAAAAUAGACGCGUCAAGAUUCCGAAUUUAGGUUUUGAUAGCAUUACAAAGAAUUGUUUGUUAUUCUAUUGUGAAAAUUACAAUAGUUUGGUAUCAGCGAUAUGGUGUAGACAACCUUCAGAUCCUAAGUUCUAUUCCCUGGUCUUCGAUGUUAAGACCUGGUGCAGAAUAGUAGACCCUUACUUGGAGUACCAACUGCCUCUAGUCGAGUCCUGGCAAAAACGUACAAUGCAUCAAUACGCGGGCGUGAAACUGGAAGAAAGCAGUGGUCUGUUAACUUCUGCCUCAAGUUCUACAGCUAGGACAUAUCUUCGCACGCUCUCUGAAAACCCUGGAGAGUUCGACGAGGGUCUGAUUCAGGAUGACCAGUACUUCCAGGAAUGCCAAGAGUUAUGUAUACCGGAGAAUGUAAUUAACCAACAUCCUUGUGCUGGCAUUUUAACGAUGUCGCUAAGCAGAGCAACUAGUUUACCACAUACCACAUGGUUGACCACAACACUCACCACAUUGACCACAAACACAUAUAAGAACGCCAAGUGGCUAUUAGCACAGGCAAUAUGCAACUGUAGGGAGGAUUUGAAGGUACACGCUAGUACAUUAAGCCCGGCGUUGCUUACUAUGGUAGUACAAACUUCUGGUGAUCAUCUUAACAGUUUACAUAUUGACGUUAUAGAUUUAGUCAUUUACUGGGGACAGAAAGAUUUUAAACCCGAUACUAUAAACAAAGUUAAUAUAAUACUAAAGAAGUUAGUAGAAACUGUGAUACAGAACAGAAGGAAUAAGAAGAUUGUAACCAUUCUAAUGCAGAAGAUGAAUUUAAUUCUGGAAACUUUUGAACCGUUAGAAAUCGAAUGGUCUUGUUUGAGUGAAUGUGUUCAUGUCAAAAAUGAAGAGUUAGCCAAAAUAUAUAUAUCAAUAUUGAAAACUUUGACGAAAAAGAUAUAUAUACGAGGGUUAAUAUUAGAAUUGGUGAAGAAACUGGAAUCAAAAGACACACAAACAAUAAAACAGAAAGAUAUAGCAUUUCUUUUUGCAAGAUGUCUUAAAAUACCCGCAAAUGAUAGAAUUGAAAAUUUAAAUACGUUUAGAAAAGUUUUAAAUAAAUAUAAAAAUAAUAUAAAAGAUUAUGUAGAUAUAGUUUUAUUUGCUGUAAGAGAGAAUGCAGAUAUUUCUGAUGUUGAAUUGUUCAGGAGUAUAAUAAAACUUCUACCGAAAAUGGUGGAAGAAAGCAAAACGAAAUGUUUAGAAAUACUAUCUCUAACAAUAAAAGAGAAAUAUUCAGAUGACGUGAAAUCGUUGUUUUUAAGCAAGGAAGUGUGUAAAUUAGUGCAGGAGGGAGAUAGUGCUACUUUAGUACUCGUGGGGCGUGGUUUGACAAGAAUGGGGCGUGGCUUGACUAUAGUAGGGCGGGGCUUAGUACUGCAAAGUGCGAAACAUUGUCGUAGUGAUGUGAAGAAAGUUCGAGACGCGGCGUUUGGUGUUCUAAGAUCAGCUGUUGAGUGUCUGUUCACUGAUGAUCUGGAAACGCCUCCCAAACGAUCAGCUCGGUUCAGCAGUCCACUACUGCAGGAUGAGGAGUUGAAGGUGGCUCUGGCCACGUUAGGCAUGAAGCUGGUAUCUGACGAUGGUCUGCGAGACGCCGUGAGUUCAUGUCUCCCUACUGAAGUUACAACCAGAUUCUGUGAGAGUUUUAUUAUCAGCGUUUAUUUGCCUGUUGUUUAUGGUGAUUGUAAAUCUACGAACUGCCUCACAGCCCUUCUCUAUAUGUUCUUUAAAGACAUAAGAGAUACUGAAGCUUUAAAACGAAACCUGAUCACAGAACACAUUAUUAAAGAGUUUCCUACGACUUCAAAAGAUAUAACUCAGAAUAUUGAUAUACAAAAUGAAGAUCCAACUGUUGAAACGAAAACCGUUGAUGACGUUUUAGACACUUUGUUGCAGUUUUGUAAGACAGGUGAUGCAGCGUCAGCAUUAAUACUGCAACUCCUGAAAUACUUACAAUCAGUCAGCAGUAUUCUUCCUGCCGCAUUGACACCCUUGUUACUGCAGAUGGUAUCACACGUCGGUGAUACCACACCAUUUGUGAUACAAGUUUGUAGGUUGUUUAUCGAUGAAUGCUGUCAUACUGAAGGAUUUAAACCAGCAGUGGAAGAGCUUUUGAAAUCCGUCAAAGGUACUGAAGGUGAAAUAUUAGUUAGGGUGUUAUUAGAAGAUGUUGAGAUCAGAUUGUCUGGUUUGGAUUAUUUCGUACUAGGCGCAACUCAAGACGGGAAAAAUAGUGAAAUGAUGGAUUUGUCAAGAGAAUAUUCAUUAGAAGAUGUAGUGAACUCUUUUAACUCUCUCUCCAACUGGGAUAAUUUAACACUACAAGAGCAAGAGACUACAGCUAACGAUCUCCCCCCACUCUGGACUUGUAUGGAUAAUUUUAGAAAACAAAUAGAUGAUUGGAAAGUUACCUCAUCAAAUACAUGGUUCGAUAAGAUAUUAUUAAUCUAUCAAAAAUCGAAGAACACUUAUAAAUAUGUCCAAUGGCAAAAUGACGUAUGUCGUUGGCCGAAGAGACAGUUUGCAAUAUCCGCUACAAUAGAUUCGUUCGAGUUAAAGAGGAUGCAAGAUGAAGAGCAUGCUCAGGAGUUGGAGUGUCACAUUCAGUCCGAAGACUGUCUGGUGGAGUGGGCCGCUAGAAUAAUGACCAGAUCAGCGUGUAUUCAAAAGAUGUAUGAAGAUAUGGAGGAGAGCUGUCCAAUCAGUCCGUCUCACUCGCACGCACUGCGAUGGUGCGCCCGUGCGAACGAGAUGGCACUACCUUUACAAGUGUUAAGCUGCAUGCGUACUAUAGACGAGUGUGAACUGUCCACAUUGCCGUGGAGAUGUGAGGAACUCCUCGCCAGGAGACAGCUGGCCCUCAACAGAAAUGAUACUGAAGAGCUCAUUCAGAUCCGGGAUAUGGCAGUUUGUUAUUCUAACGAUUUACUCGUAGAAAACAAAACUACUGAGGCGAUGGUAAUUGAAUUAAAGCCAGGGACUUCAAAACAGGAAAAUAUUGAUUGUAAUAUCAAAUUACAAGUUAAUAAUAGUCGAUUGCUUUUGAAUAACACCCCUGUAAAGAGUAUUCUUGGUUUGAACUAUAUUAUAAUUAAUCUGCAAAAAGAUUUGAACGAUCUCUCUGCUGAGAAAUUAAAGUUUUUACUAAAUGACAGUAGAGAUAGAUUAAAAACUUCGGAAAGUAGCGUAGUUGGAGAAAAUAAGAAAGUGCUUCAUAAUAUGGUUAUAAUGGCCGUCACACACUAUGAUGAAAAUUGGCCAAUGACUAACGCUAUUGAACAAAAUAAGCUACUAAUAGAUAUAACAGAGGCUAUAGAUGUAGGUCUAGACUUUGAUUUAGAUCUAAAAUAUAGCAUGUUAUUGGAUGUGCUGUUGCACAGGAUGAGCUCAGUUGAGAAGCUCGAUAGUAGCGCUAGUGAUGCUCUCCUUCUUAAGAUGGAUAAUCUCAAACAUUACCUGGAUGAGUUCGCGAUAGAUGAAAUAAAGAGGAACCAAUCUAAGUUGAGCUCUGUAAACGAGCUGGUCAACGAACUAUCAAAAGAUAUGCAAAGAUUGAAGCAGUGUUUACAAUUAGUGGCUGAUCCCAGACACUUGAUGAAGCAUUACCUGAAACAGUUGCUAGAAGCACUUGAAAAUAAUGAUGUUGGUGCGUGGUCUACAUCAUUUGAUAGAAUGAAAAAUAAGAUAUUUGAGAAUUCCUACGCUGGCGUUGAUUAUCAAGUAUUAAACAAAUUUAAAGAAACAUUAUACAAAAUAUCUGAAUACGAUGCGAAUAAUAAAGAUUCUCUUAAAGAGUCUCUUUUGGGUAUAAUAAAAGAAUUGACUUCACAAUCUGAGAGUUUCAAGUUAUCACAGCUCUGUCCCGCUCUAACACAAGCGGAGUUCGUACGCGGGAGUGAGAUACAAGAUUGCCUAUCGUUGAUUUUAAAUCUACCUCAGGGAGUACGUGUACAGAGAUUUGAAGAACAGGUGUCAGUUUUCACGGACUCUAAGCGUCGUCCAGUGGUGGUGGCAGUGCGGCUGUCGGACGGCCGCCGACGGCGCCUGCUGCUGAAGUCCGGCGAGGAGCUGAAGAUGGACGCGGCCAGCCUGCGCAUGCUCCGGACUCUGGGGAUCACGUCGCAGGAGUACCAGGUGACAUUACUAAGUGAGGAUAGUGGUCUUAUAGAGUUUUUAGAAGACCAUGUGAGGGUCAGGGCAUUGAUUGCUAACAAAUAUGAUAUCAAGGGCAUAGAGUCUACACUUGGUGAGAAAUUAAUCCAAGAUACUAGAGAACAUAGUAUCAGUCAAUACAAAAAGAUGUGCUCUAAAAUACCCGCACACGCUUUCAGAUCUGUUAUGGAACUGAAUAGUUCCGGUUUUCAAGAUUUUAUAAUGAAAAAACAGAAUUAUGAAGAAAGUUUAGCUGCUAUGACAUACGCCACCAGUUUAUUAGGCUUGAAGGACCGUCACUUAGAGAACAUACUGUACAAAGUGCACGGUGACGAGGGGGGUAGGGGUGGCGGAGGUCGCGGGGGCUGUGGGGGGUGCGUGCUGGCUGUCGACUGGAACAGCGCGCUGCGACACGACCAGCACGAGCCCCCGCCCGCCAGGCUCACCCGCUGUCUGCUCGCACCCUGUAAUUUGCAAGUAUUAGAGAAUCGUCUGCAAAAGUUAACAUCAGAGACAAGAUCCAUACAUAGACUGCUGUUAUCUACAUUACAAUUGUCAUACAAAUGGAUGGGAAACGAAAUACAAGAGAAACUUGAAAAUGUAUAUUACCUAAUGCAAGGUAAGAAAUUAUCUCAUCAAGUAAGCGUCAGAAAUCAGAAAAGCUUCGGAGAUUAUGAACUUCUCUUAAAUCAUAUAUUCAAGGACUUUGCAAGUGAAAAGGUGUAUACAGUUAAGCAACAGGUUACUAAUCUCUUGCGACAUUGCACUGAUCCACAAAUACUGGCUAUCACCAGGUCAGCUUGGGAACCCUGGAUCUAGACAUCUUACCUAGACUACCUAUGUCAAAGCCCACCCUUAGGCAAUCAUAAAAGACGUCAAGGGGACUAAGGGCAACUGUAGUAAACACAAAAAUGUUUUAAAAAAUACUUCGAAUUAGACGUUUUAUAGUAAACUCCUCUAUAACACGGUUGACAGUUGAGCGUUAUAGAAAUUCGUGCUAUAGGGAAACCCCCGUAUAACACUUUUUUUCAAUAGAGCAAUUAAAAUUGCGUUAUACGUUUUCUUACAUAAAUUGUUGGUAAUGAUCGUUAUAGGGAGUUAUUACAGCGUUAUAUGGAGGUAUGGAAUUUGCGUUAUAGAGGGGUUUACUAUAUUUGUAACUGCUUAGAUCUAGCUUAGAUAUAAGAUUGCAGGAUAUAAUAAAAAAAUAAUUUCAUGUUUUUUUUUAAAUAUAUUUUUUUUUGCAUUUUUUAUUUUUUACAUAUUAAAGCUUUGGAUAGAUUAUAUUCUUACUUUGUUUUUUUUUUAAUCUGCAUAAAUGGUUUAAUAUUACGAUUGUAUAACAAUUUCUUAUUAUUUUGACUUCAAAAUAAAUGUACAAAAACAGA